CGUAGGGGUUGCCCAAGCAAGAAGGAAAACAGGAGGCGAAAAACAAAAACCAACGUCCAAACAAUGUGAGAAAAUGCACGCGUGCGAAAAUGCUGCUGAAAAAGUAUGUGAAAACGCGGCGUAAGGUGAAGAUACUUCUCCUGCUGGCCAUCAUCGGUCUGCUGGUCAUCACCAUCAUAGUUCUCGGCUCCAGUGGACGAAAUGCGGCCAUCGAAUUGCUGCUGGACGAGCGGUUCAUCGCCCGAGCCUACAGGCCCCGGGACCAGCCUCAGUCGCCGGAAAAGCCUCCGGCGAUGGCCGUGGCCUUGAUCCAGCCGCAGCGGGAGAACGGAGUGAUUGUUCCGGAGAAGUACGACGAGCAGAAGAUCAAGGAGCGAAUUAUCCAGAGCAAAAUCGAUCUUAUGAAGCAGCAGCAGCAAAGGGACCACGAGGCGGAGCAGGCGUCAAGAACCACUUUGGAUGUGGUAAUGACAGCAGUGCACAUUUUCUACACAGCCCCAGUGCCCUGGUACAAGUCUAAGAAGCCACCGCCUCCGCCGGUCGAGCAUCCAAACGAUGUGCCCCUCACCACUCCCCGACCAGUGAGGAUCCUCAACACAGCCUUCUACCCAGCAUUGGGUCUCUACAAGCCCAGCACCUCGCUGCUCUCCCAGCACUUCGAGAACAUCCGGAGCUGUGGCAUUGGAGUGCUUAUCCUGAGCUUCACGGGUGGGAAGCCAGCGGAGACGACGCUCCUCCACCAGAUCUUGGAACUGGCUCCGCAGCACAAUCUAAGCGUGACCUUCGAGCUCAGCGUGGCCGGAAAUCAAAGUGUGGAGUUUGUGCGGCAGCAGCUGCAGGAGAUCGCCACCUACUCCAAUCUGCCCGGUUUUUAUAGGGUGUUUAGUCAGUCGAGAGGUGUUUCCCUGCCAGUUCUCUACGUGAGCAAUGCCUACAAACUGAGUGAUAGCCUGGGCAGGCUGCUCUGUCGAACGCCUUCGCUGGUGGAACCAGAUGGUCUUCGGAGGGUUCUGGAUGCGUUGUUCAUAGGACACAUAAGACUCAAGAGCCAUGCGGAUGUCCUGCGACGGUUGUGCUUCGAUGGCUUCUACAGCAAGCUGCCAAGUAAUGGAGCUGUGUUUGCCAGCACCUGGAAAAACUGGUCGUAUCUGAAGUCCUUUGCCCUAUCCUAUAAAAUGCUCUUUGUGCCUACUGUGGGUCCGGGAUUUGCGGAGAGGAACAAGUUUCCGCGGCAUGGAGAUAUUCAAAGGCAUCGCAGCAAUGGAAGGUACUAUGGAGUGGCUUGGAGAACAGCAAUACUAAACCAUGUGGGCUUCAUAAACAUAGCCAGCUACAAUAACUGGCCGGAUGGCAGCCAAAUCGAGGAGGUGAUGCCACGCGCCGGGUUCCUGGACUACAAUCCCGGCUCAAGAACCAAGUAUCUGGAUCUCACGGCCCACUGGGUGGGUAACUUUCUGAAGACGCGCCAGGAGGCGGCGGCUGCAGCAUCCCCGGCAUCGCCCCAAAAUUGCUACGAGCUCUUGAAUGGAACGAUAUGCUAGGCGCAACCGCAACUGCAACUUCCGCAACGGAGAUAAUCCUAGUUACUUUAGAAGCAAUAGCAACAAUUGCAGGCCACACAAUUACUUUCGAACUGUUAACGAGUCUUCUGCUACACAUAUAUACACUUCAUAUAUCGUUUUGAUAGUGAUAUUUUUAAAAUAACUCAGAUUAAUUCGAAAACAUCAAGGGAAUGACAAUUACAAGUCGGGGUUUUGUGCAAGAAAUCUGUGAAAAACUAUUAGUUUUCUUGCCAAAAUGCUCGACAAAAUAUGAAUCAAACGCAAAAGAAAGCAAUUAAAAUUGAUAUCAAUUAAAAGUAAUUCUAGAGCCAGACAUACUUUUUUAUUAAAUCUAUACUAGCUUUCAAUUAUUGUAGUACAUAGAGAAGAACAAUAUCAUAACUUAAUGCCAUGCCAUAUUAUGUAGACACCAAAGAAAAUUAUCUAUGUUAUAACGGAUAUAAACUAAACACUUGUUAAACGAUUGGUACUUAAAAAAUUUUAACUUUAUUACCAGUACAAUAUAUAAAUACUUUAUCUAAGCUUUAAUAGUUUAGUGCCAAACAAA